AUUUGUAGAUAAAUUUGAAGUAAUUCAAUUUUGACAUUGCAAAUCAUUUUUAAUGGAAAUCAAUAAUGAGAAUAAUAGGAUUUAAAAAAAAUAAAAAAUAAAAAAAAAGAAAGAAAAAAUAAUUGUUUUAUUUAGAAUUUAUUGAUAAAAUGACUUAAAUACAAUCAUGUCACAAUGCAAAAAAAAUCAUGAUGGUUUUAUGUUAAAUGUGACCUGGAGUAAUUUUUCAUGGCAUUCACCAAUACUGUACGUACACCAAAACAAGGGACAGUUCUUGUGGUUCUUUUGACCCCAUAGACAGCUACUCAGACUGACUGCAAUCAGGCCAAUUCACCCUCAGUCUGAAUUCUAAUGACAAACUAGCAGCAUUUGCACACCUUGGACUGUAUUAGCGUCAGCGCCUGAGCUAAUGUUCUCAGUUUAACCUCCCUCUCAGCAGCCAGAGUUAUCCUGUCCUGAAAAUGCUGCCUAAGCCCUCGCUCUGCUGUGUGAGAGCUCUUAAUUCCCUCCAGCUAAACGCGUUGUGCUCCCUCUCUCUCUUUCUCUCUUGCUCUGAGCAGCCCUGACUUAACUAGCCAGAGAAAUCUGUUGCGUUUUGCACUGUGGCUACCCGCUGUCCCUUGUGGCGCAGGUUUGAGCCCCCCUCAGAGUAGAGACAUGUGGCGAAGGACAGGAGUGUCCACCGCAGGAAGUGACAACAGGAUCCCCUGAGCUCAAAAACAAAGGAUAACCACCACCGAUUAACGCGGGGACAAGGAGACGUGAGCCCAGGGGAAUAUCAGCUAUGUUGACACCAUGGAGAUUGUUCCUCUGCCAGAUGGCACUGAACAUAUUCUAUCACAUUGCGAAAGCCAGUUUAUGCCUUGGUGGUCAAGACAUAUUUGCCACGGUCCGAGAGAACAGUCCCACUGGAGAGAUCAUAGCCAACCUCGGUAUCAAUGGAGACCCUGGAGCCAGUAGCAUCCGCCUGUGUCUCACAGGAGAAAACGCUGACUGGUUUUACCUUGAGGGGCGAACAAUCCGACUCAACUCGUCGUUUUCAAGGAUCUUAGAUCGAGAGGUGCUGGGAUCAGUUCUGAUAGCUGCUUUGACAUGUUAUGAAGAUAAUAUAAUUAGGAGUCGAUAUCGAAUUAUGGUGGAAAUAUUGAAUGAAAAUGACAACAUGCCAUAUUUCCUUGAAGACACCAUUCAGCCACGAUAUAUAAGUGAGUUGCUGACUGUAAACUCGAUGGUGUUCACAGUAAAAGCUAGAGACGGCGAUGGAGACACAAUCACUUAUAUGACCGACAAAUCCACAUCUGAUGCCAGCUAUUUUAGGAUUGAUCUGCCCAACAGCGGGAUGGUGAUCCUGGAUAAACCGCUGGACUAUGAGACUAAAACCCAGCUGGAGGUGGUCAUAUUUGCUGUGGAAACGACCACAAAAGAAAAGUACAGCGCAACAGCUACAAUCACUGUGAAUGUUCUAGACGGUGAUGACCAGUAUCCUCAGUUUCAGCCAUGUGCACCUGUUUAUGAAGAUGGAGAUCAUAAUAUCUGCACCAACCCUGUGUACAGUGUUAACAUCACAGAGACAGAUGAGGAUGCUGUGCUCUAUUUUUCUCCGGGGCCCAUUCAUGCUGAAGACGGAGACAAAGACAUACUGACUCCUCUAGUCUACAGUAUUCUGUCAGGUGAUGACAAUGGCAGAUUUACAAUCGACUCUAAAACAGGAGAGAUCUCUCUCAAGCAGCGUGUGGAAAACAGACUCCUCAUGCCUUCAUUCAGCCUCCGCAUAAUGGCUGCUCAAGUGAACGACCCAAAGAAAUAUUCGGUGGCGACGGCACUGGUGCAUGUGUUGUCAAAGAACCGAUUUCCUCCAUUCUUCAACAAGACCGUCUACAAAGGGUUCCUCAUUGAGAGCUCCAGCCCUGCCACACUGGUCACUACCUACGGGAACCAAGUCCUGGUCGUCCAGGCCAUCGACAGGGACUUCAGAGAUGGAAUAAAUCCAAAAAUCCAUUACACAAUGCAGCCCUUGACAGGGAGCAAUAAACUGUACCACAUUACCCAGGAUGGCAUUGUGAUCGCAAGGACGGACCGACUCAGAGCGUUCGACCGACACAUCCUGGAGGUGAUUGCAACAGAUGAAGAGUCAGGUGAAACAGCCCAUGCUUCAGUGGAUAUUGAAGUGCUGCAGAGGGGACAACCAGUUCCCAGAAGUCCGUUUGGUGAGGAACGUCUGUUUGGAGAUAUGAACGUAGGGAUGGCCGGCGGCAUCGCUGCCCUUGUUCUGAUAGUGGCUGUGAUAGUACUAUUUCUCUUCCUCUGGCUGAUCAAGAGACGGAGAGAGAGACGGGAUCCAGCAGACAGGGGCGCAGUAGCUCUUGGGAAACACCCAAAUGUGGAGGCAUCAUCACCCAUCUCUCCUCGCCAUGUGUUGUAGGACUAAAUCAGCAGCAUCACAGCCAUAUUUGAGAAAACUCUAUUUCUAGAGGCACGUGCAGUCAAGAUAUCUGUGCCAGGUCCAAGAACAUUGUGAGAGACACAUGGAGGUGAACAUACAAAUCUUUGUAAACAGCUGUUUUUGUGGCAUUUUGUGUAAAUCUGGAAUGUUUUGGUUUUUUGUGGAAGGAUACAGGGUAAUACAGUCCCAUGAGCCCUGGUCAUGGCAGCUUAUAUGUUGAAACAGAGUAUGAACUUUUGGAAUUUUGUCUGAAGCAGUUAAGUGAAAAAAAUGCCACUAUACUGUAUAUACUGUUAAAAAACU